UCAACUGAGUAACCCAAAGACAGACUCUUACAAGCACCACACAGGUUUAACAUCACCAAAGAGAGCACAGAAUCAACAGGGGACGUAUUUUCAAGCACUAUCAAGAAAGGAGAUCCUGAAAACUCAGUCAAGGAGUCCUACCAUGAAUGGAAAACUUCAUGUUUGAAGAUGAAACGUAUCAAAAGUGGAUUAAAUUAAUCUGCAUAUCUGGUAAUAUCUUAUCUGAAACGCUCUCAUUGACGUGUGACUAUCCAGGAGAGGAGCAUUUCCAGAUUUCUGUCCUUUAUUUUAAGUGAUUUGGAGAGUACAAGUACCGGAUCAUGGCUGGGGUGAGACUUAUUCACCUGUUGAAGACAUUUUGGAUGGUAUUUCUCAUGCAAGUUUUGUGUGUGAUGGGCAGUAAGUUGUGGGAAGUGCCCACCGCCCCCCUCGUACCCCAUGCCAACCUCAGCACGAGACUGUUGUGGGAGCCACAGUGCCAGGUUCAGCUACGCCAUCUACAGAAUGAAGGAAGAGUCACAGCCACCAUACCACCCAAACUGGAGGGCCACUGGGUGUCAAGCAGAUGUGAAGUGCGACCCGGUCCUGAAUUCCUCACUCGAUCCUACUCAUUUUACCAAAGCCCCACACGUCUCUUCAGGGCCCUCCAGCACUAUUACUCUGACAGUGAUUGCCACAUCCCAACCUACUCUCUUGUGAUCAGGGGUAAACUGCGGCUACGUCAGGCCUCAUGGAUCACCCGUGGAGCCACUGAAGCAGAGCACCACCUCCAUAAAGUAGGGAUGGUCUUUCACACCCAGAAAGCCAUCCAUCAUCUCGCGACUCGCCUGCCCUCGUGGCUCAAAGUUGGAGGACACCUGGUGCCUCAUCACUUCUAUGAACUCUUUAAUGCCAAAGCAGAGAAAGACUGCCUGGGAGCUCUUGGCUUCUCCAUGAUGGAACUGGAGUUGCUGCGGGUGGAGACCCAUCACCAUCCUCACAGCAGGCCGGCUCAGGAGCUGUUCCUAGGGGACGUGCACACAGACUGGAACGAAAGGGUGCACCAUAGACCGACUGGUUACCAGGAGCCUCUACAGAAUGCUAUGCACCACAUCCACCCAUGCCCAGUGUGCGCCCUGGUAUACCGAGCCUCUGAACAGAAUCCACCCAUUCUUCCCCCAACCCCCUCCGUCCCUCUGGAUCUAAACGGAAAUUGGGUGAGCCAACGCUGCGAGUCCCGUCCAUCCGUCCUCUUCCUUACCCGCCUUUUUGUUUUCAACGAGGAGCGACGCACUUGGGAGGGGACCUACCAACAUUACUCUGACCCAAUGUGCCGCCAGCCCAUCUUUACAUUGUUGGCAUCAGGUCAUUAUGCUAAAGUAGGACAGUCGGUUAAAGUACGUGGGGCCACUGAGCUCGUCUUCAAGGUGACACGAGCAAAUGCGAUUGUGUUUGACCGUGCAUUGUUGCGGGAACUGAAUUCAACGCAAAAUGGAGGAUGUGGACAGGCGGGCAGGUGGGAGGUGGGUGUCGAGCAGGACGUAACCUGGACGGACGGUUGCGAGGCAUUGGGGAUACGACUUCCGCACAAAGAGUAUGAGCUGUUUAAGAUGGGGGUGGAUCAUAAAGGGCGCCCCCUGUUGUUCAAUGGGGAAAGGCCCACGGAUGGAUCCAGCCCGGAUCGACCUACAAAAAGGCCAACAUCUUUUCAGACACCAAUGGUGCAAUGCAGCACAAGGGUCGGGGUGGAGCCACGCUACAGUUCCUACAGUGAUCAUUCAACGGGACCCAAGACCACAAGCUCUGCUAAUGCACUGCACUCUUCAUUGAUUCUGCUGUCCGUUCUAAAUGCAUGGUGCUGGAAGAUUCAUCUUUUCUAAAAAUGCGACGUGCUAUUCACGUUGACUGUUCAAAUUCUGACCCGUUUAUAAUGGGCAUAGCACAAUCUAAUAGACUGAUCGGUCAGUUCGGUGCUAUGACAAAAUGCUAGCUGUAAAUGCUCUGAAAUAUGACUUUUUUUAUCUAAAGAGAUUUUCAUAAAUCAAAAAUGUACAUAGAAACCUUUUAAUCAUAUAGUAUAUCAACAUUCAUUUUAAUAUCUGUUAUUUGGGGUGUUGUUUCCUAUUUUGAUAAGAACUACAGAUAAACGAACAUCUAUUCAAAGAAUGAUUGUUCUGUAGAAAAUGCAUUUACCAACAUUCCAGCAAGAUAACAAAGAUGAACAGUUAAAGGCGAAGUACUUUAAAUACUUCCCAGUGUACAACCAAUGGUGCGAUUUUGGGCGGGACUAUCUGUGUGACCGACCAAUGGGAGGUGGGGGUGUUUGGGGAAUCUGUUUCAAAACAAUCAUUAUUCUGUUUGGUGCAGAAAUGACACACUUCAGCUUUAAGACAUGGGAGAUAUAGAUGGAUAUCCAGAUUCCCGUUUGUCUGGGAAUGAAGAAAGAAGAUUUCCCAAAAUCUGGUAAUACGUUUGAAUUGAAGUGCGUACAUGGACUAAAUUUGGCAUUAACUACCCUGUAUUA